UGUGAAAUGGGAAAUGGAGAGAGACGUUUUGAUGCUAUUGAUUGACCAAAUUCACAAUCACUUACCUUCCACUUCUCAACAAUACACUCUCUUCUCUCGCCGAUCACACCCCAUUUACUGCAUUGAAGAUAAGGUAAGGAUAAUUUUAUUGGUACACUUGAGACGAAAAGAAAUGGGGAUUGUUGGCUGUGUUGUGGAGAAAUCAGAGGAAUGAUGUUGAAAAGUCAAAAUCCUGCUGCUGAUUAUCUCGCAUGGAUUUAGAAAAUGGCUAAAGGUUUUGUGGUUGGAGUAAUGAAAAUAUUCCCAAAGUGGUGUAAACACAUGAUAUCCUAAAGUACUGGCGGUGGAUAGAUGCAUUAAAGUUUUCUUUGGGUGCUUGCUCAUGUUACCUUUCCCCACUACUUUUCUUCAUAAUGGUUGUGCUGAUCUUUACCUCCUUGUUAGUGCUUGAGAAGCGUUGUGCUAAUGUGGAAUUUUUCAUGAUGUAUAAUUCAUAUUCCUUGGCAUGCGUAGAUUCUAAACUUGUUUAAGCUACUGUUAUGCUUGCAAGGUUUUUAUCUAUUCUCUCAUAUGGAAAGAGUGGGUAUAACUGCACUUUCAUGGACAUAAGGGAAAGAAAUCGUGUCCUUAGUCAUACACCUCCAACAAUGGAUCUGGAAUUAGAUCGACCAAGUCUUCUUCCAGAGCUUUCUCUUUUGGGCCAGGGAGCUUUCUCACAGUGGAGUAGCCAUUCGAUGGUUACAACUUCAAGAAACUCUAUGAAUCCUGACGUUCAACAUCUACCUGAGCAUGCUAAUGGCGCUGUACUCUAUGGAGUGAGCCAAUACAAUGGUUCUAGGAUUCAGUGUGCUCAAGAUAUACAGGUCACAACAGCGGCCAAUCCCUGUUCUUAUCUAACCUCACCAUAUGGUAAUCAGCAUUUCCCAUCUCCUAGAAAUGGAUUGAUUGGAAAUCCUGUUGAUACAUAUGCCAGGAAUAGUCAUUUUAUUGAGGGCGGAUUUCCGUACAAGAGAAGAUUUUCUGAAGGGUUCCCUGUGAGUUUCCAGGGUCCCAAUAGUUUAGCAAGCUUUGAGUCUUUAAAUGCACCUCAUGCUCAUAGCCAUUUGAUUAGAGGAGACUUAAUGGUUCAGCACCUUCAGCCAACUAACAAUGCUCUCUGGUUAGACCAACCUGUAAACUUUAAUCUCGAAGAUAGAAGCGCCUGGACUUGGAACCAAGCUCCUGCAGGUUUCCCUAUUCAUGGGGACAGUGGGAUUAGAGGCUUUUCAGAAAGUUUUAACUCAGGUCUUCAUAGAUACAGUGAAAUGUCUGGGAUAAGUUCUCCAAAUUUUCAGCAUCCUCCUUCCACAAUAAUCCAGCAUUCCAGUCAUCCAGUUCCAUUACCACAGGCGCACUUGCAAGGACAAAGAGGCCAAAAUAUCAGUUUACAUCCCCAAGCAGCAGCUACUACACCAAGGGUUCCUUUGAAUUCUCCUUAUGGCAACAUGCACCAGUUUCCAGAGCUAGAGCUUAGGCAAACAAGAGAUAUUACGUUUGGUGACCGCAUAACAUAUAAUCCUCAUCAAAGUUGUGUUGAUCCAGAGACAACAUUCCAACGUCGUUUAACAUAUCAAAUGAGAGUUCCGGAGGAGGAUGAAGUUCCCAUACGUGGGGCUCGGGCUUCAGCUUCAGACCCCAAUGGUAUAGGAGAUUUUGCUGAUGCAUACAGAGAUAUGCGCCUGGACAUCGAGCACAUGUCAUAUGAGGAGCUUCUUGCAUUAGAGGAGCGGAUUGGCUAUGUUGGAACUGGGUUGUCUGAGGAAACAAUUACAAGUCAACUGAAGACGAGGAUCACUAUGCCAUCUGCAAGAGAUGUAAAUUUAGAAGUAGGCGCAACCUCUAGGAAUGAGGAAACAAAUUCAUGCACCAUAUGCCUGGACGUCAUUGGUGAAGGGACGAAGAUUGGAAUCCUUGAUUGCGAACAUUAUUAUCAUGCAGAUUGCUUAAAACAAUGGUUGCUCAUAAAAAACGUUUGCCCUGUCUGCAAAUCUGAGGCAUUGACAAGAUAAAUGAAUAGUGAUUGGGCUGAUUUUGAACAGUUGAGUUGCAAUUUAGCUUUAGCUGUUCAUUGGCGAUCAAACGAUGAUCGGUUUAAACUAUGUUAUACGUUUGUAAAUGUCUUGCACAUAAAUACAACAAUAAGACUCCAACUCAUCUAUAUUUUGUUGGUUUCUUAAACUGUGAAUGUAUUUUUGUACAGAGUUUUGUGUUUGUAUUGUGAAACUGUACAUGUGAAAUGUGGACUUUCUGUGCAUUCAGUAUAUUGUUCUGUUCUUUA